AUGGAUAAAAACAAUUCUCCGUUGCCGCAGAAUGCCAGGGAUACGUUUUUGUCCCGAGUUUUUGGACUCCAGUCGGAGGAAGUAAGCUCUUCGAUUCAUACUGAAGAGAUGAGUAAUUUUGCAGAAGAGAGGGCCCAGGAGUCUCAGAAUGGAACACCUAGAAAUCAUUCACCUACGGAAGAUGAAGAUCAGACCAGUGGGGAUGAAGAGCUUCGAAUACCGGAAUCAGAUCAGGGAACUACUACCGAAGAAGAGGAUUUACAUACGGAAGAUGUCGAAUUAGAUGCCACAUCUGCCUACAAUGAUGUUGUGGCAAAGAAAGCUCCAGUGAUAGAAGAUUCUAUGUUGAAAGUCGGACAACUUUCAAGCGAUGAGGAAUAUCGAGAUGAGACCGAGGAAGAAGAUGAUGAAGGAGCAGCUGAUGAUACGCCCCUGUUUGAUAAGACUUUACGUACUGCUAAACAGCCAGAUCACGUCUCACAUUCCCUUUUGUUUCAACGAAUAUUGCAACAUAACCAGGGGAAAAGGAAAAAUCAACAGCUCUUUACAUCGUCAAAGGAUGGGCACAAGAAGGGUGAAUUGAGAGAACCUGAUUUAGAAGCUGGAAGGGCUGAGAAUUUCAGGAAACAAGAACUCCGAGGAACUUCCAAUACUGCCUUCAAGUUGAAAAGACCGAAUUUAAUCAAUAACAUCUCAGUGCUCAAUAAUACACCGAUAAGUAGGCUGAAUACACUUAGUCCUAAGGAAAGAGCGUUAUGGAAAUGGGCGAAUGUGGAGAAUUUAGACACUUUUUUUCAAGAUGUUUACCGUUAUUAUUUGGGGAACGGUUACUUUUGCAUUGUACUGGAGAAGAUUUUGAACAUUGCUACACUGAUAUUUGUUGUUUUCAUUUCCACCUAUAUGGGAUAUUGCAUUGAUUAUUCCAAAUUACCUGAUAGUCACAAACUAGCUGAAGUCACAGUUGAGCAUUGUUACUCAAGAAAUAUUACGGGAACCACAAAAUUCUUGUUGUGGGUUUUUUACAUUUUCGUUGUAUUGAAAGUAGCACAACUAUAUUUCGACGUUCAGAACCUAAGAGACAUUCACAAUUUCUACAAUUAUCUCCUCAACAUAUCGGAUAAAGAACUCCAAACAAUCCCAUGGCAGAAUAUUAUUCAACAGAUCAUGUACCUAAAGGAUCAAAAUGCAUUGACGGCUAAUGUAGUCGAGGUCAAAGCCAAAAACAGAAUUGAUGCGCAUGAUAUUGCAAAUAGAAUAAUGAGAAAGGAAAAUUAUCUUAUCGCAAUGUACAACAAUGAUGUGCUUAACUUAUCAUUACCCGUGCCACUGUACCGAACAAGUACGUUAACGAAGACUUUGGAAUGGAAUAUCAACCUCUGCAUUAUGGGGUAUGCUUUCAACGAAUCAUCAUUUAUCAAGCAAAGUUUCUUGAAGGCUUCACAACAAGAAUAUUUAAAAGAGGAAUUACAAAAGAGGUUUAUGCUUGCGGGCUUUUUGAAUAUAAUUCUUUCACCAUUCCUUGUGGCGUACUUUCUUCUACUCUAUUUCUUCAGGUACUUUAAUGAAUACAAGACUUCGCCCGGUUCAUUAGGUGCGCGGCAAUAUACGCCGAUGGCUGACUGGAAAUUUAGAGAGUAUAACGAGUUGUACCAUCUUUUUCAAAGGAGGAUCGGUUUAAGUGCGGGCUUGGCAGACAAAUACAUCAACCAGUUCCCAAAGGAGGGUACAAAUAUUUUUUUAAGAUUCGUUGCGUUUGUUUCUGGCUCCUUUGUGGCAGUCCUGGCACUGUUGACAAUAUUUGAUCCUGAGAAUUUCUUCAACUUUGAAAUAACUCAUGAAAGAACGGCGCUUUUUUAUAUCACAAUAUUGGGAGCCGUGUGGACAGUUUGCAAGAAUUCUGUGUCGGACGAUUACAAUGUAUUUGAUCCUGAGAAGACUAUAAACGAGCUCGCUUCUUAUACUCAUUAUCUACCCGAUGAGUGGAAUGGGAGAUACCAUACAGAAGAGGUGAAGAAUGAAUUCUGCAAGCUUUACAACUUGAGAAUAAUAAUUUUAUUACGAGAACUAGCCAGUCUGGUUUUAACGCCAUUUAUAUUGUGGUUCUCUCUUCCCAAGAGUGCUGACAAAAUUGUGGAGUUCUUUCGCGAAACAUCCGUUUAUGUCGAUGGGUUGGGAUAUGUCUGUAAAUAUGCAAUGUUCGGAGUGAAUGAGCCAAAAGAAUUUCCAGAGGGCAAAGUACAACAAGGUUCAUCGAAGCAGGCACGAGCACAAAGUACCAGUACUUCUGAUAAUGCACAAGUGAAUUCGGAACCUGAAGAAUCUGAUGAAGAGGAAAACGGUAAUGCCAUCAAUAAAAUGAUGCAAUCAUAUCUCUACUUUAUCGAUGACUACGAAAACAGUGACAAUGCAGUAGGCAAACAUCAAGUUCCUCUUAAAAGGUUCGAUGAACUGAAAAAGGUUCCAGACUUGAGCAAUAGUUACUCAUGGAAGAAACAAUUUCAGCCAGGUCAAAGGCCUGAGUUGUUCAGAAUUGGUAAACAUUCACUGGAAAGACGAUCUUCUGUUCCUCAGCCCACUGCGCAAGAGGGCGCUUCGAAGGGAACCGCAAACAAAAAAAGCUUUACACAAUCUGGUGAUCGUAAUAGGACCCUCGGCGAGUCCUUUAUAAACUCUGUUCCUUCUGGCAAUCGUGAUAAUAGUGGCGGACGUGAAGGAAACUCAAGAGAACAAGGCGGUGGGGUGUUGGGCCUAGUAAAGGAAUUCUACAAGAAUCAGAUAUGA